GCAGGCCUGCUCCUGGCCAGUCAAGCUGGGUGGAGAAGUGGAGACAGCACCUCGUCCUCAUCAAUGAGCGCGGCCACCUAGUCCAAGAAGGUGUAGUCUGGGGACCGUCGUGGGUUGUGGAGACCAGCCAUGGCUCCUCCGAGCGCUGCGGCCAGCUGGGGCCCCGGACUCUGCUGGGGGCCCUGAACUCCGGAGUGGGCGGUGUGUUCAGGUAAGAGGCCGUCGGGAAGCGCGCAGGGAGAGCAUCGGACACCAUGAACCCCCGCCCGCCGCCGCUGUCGCUGUGGCUGUUGCUGCUGCUCACCGGCGCUGCGCACACUGUUGGAGCCCUCCCUCGACUAUGUGAUGUGCUACGUGUGCAGAGGGAUGAACAAGACCAGUGCCUGCAGGAACUCUCCAGAGAGAGGACAGGAGACCUAGCCAUGGUGCAGCCAGCCCCAAGCUGCGAGGGGCUAUGGGACAACAUGAGCUGCUGGCCCUCCUCUGAGCUGGGACAGACUGUGGAAGUGGAGUGUCCUCGAUUCUUCCAGAUGCUCACCAGCAGAAGUGGUUCCAUGUUUCGAAACUGCACACAGGAUGGCUGGUCAGAAAUCUUCCCCAGGCCUGACCGGGCAUGUGGGGUCAAUGUGAAUGACUCAUCCAAGGAGACCAACCAGAAGCGGCACGAGUACCUGCUGAAGUUGAAGGCCAUGUAUACUGUGGGCUACAGCUCCUCCCUGGUGAUGCUCCUGGUUGCUCUCAGCAUCCUCUGUUCUUUCCGGAGACUCCACUGCACCCGCAACUAUAUCCACAUGCACCUGUUUGUGUCCUUUAUCCUGCGUGCCCUGUCCAUCUUCAUCAAGGAUGCUGUGCUCUUCUCAGAUGAUGGUGUCCACUGCGAUACCCACAUGGUGGGCUGUAAGCUGGUCAUGGUCUUCUUCCAGUACUGCAUCAUGGCCAACUAUGCCUGGCUGCUGGUGGAAGGCCUCUACCUUCACACACUGCUUGUCAUCUCCUUCUUCUCAGAAAGGAAGUGCCUCCAGAGAUGUGUAGCCCUCGGAUGGGGUUCCCCAGCCAUUUUUGUUGCUUCAUGGGCUAUCACCAGGCACUUUCUGGAAGAUGUUGGGUGCUGGGACAUCAACGCCAAUGCAUCUGUCUGGUGGGUCAUUCGAGGCCCUGUGAUCCUCUCCAUCCUGAUUAAUUUCAUCCUUUUUAUAAACAUUCUAAGAAUCCUGAUGAGAAAACUUAGAACCCAAGAGACAAGAGGAAAUGAAGUAAACCAUUAUAAGCGUCUGGCCAAGUCCACGCUCCUGCUGAUCCCGCUCUUCGGCGCCCACUACGUCAUCUUUGCCUUUUCACCAGAUGAUGCCAUGGAGAUCCAGCUGUUUUUCGAACUGGCUCUUGGCUCAUUCCAGGGCCUGGUGGUGGCUGUCCUCUACUGCUUCCUCAACGGGGAGGUACAGCUGGAGGUUCAGAAGAAGUGGCGGCAGUGGCACCUGCCCGAGUUCCCACUGUGCCCCUUGGCCCUCAGCAACUCCUUUAGCAACGGCACCAGCGGCCACACCCACAGCACCAAGGCCAGCCCCUCGGAGCCAAGUCCGGACACCUGCAGGGCCAGCGUCAUCUGAGGCUGGAGCAGGGUCAGCCAUGGACUUAAGUCAAGCUGGGUCCUGAGAGGGCAGGACACUGCUUCGGGACAGUCCAUCUUCCUCACAGACAUCGUAUGCUUUUCCCCUGUGACUAAUAACCUCUCCUCCAGGCCUUGGGUUGGAUGGUGAGAAUUCCUCAGAACUCAACAGAAGGAACUUGGGGCACUGUGGGGGAAUGGGGGAAAGAGCAGUUCAGGGGGCUUAGAAGCGAGGAAGAUACUGGGAUGAGAUUUGGUCUGUUUUUCAGUCCUUUUGAGACACAGGUGAGGGGGGAUGCUUACCUACCCCUUCCUGGAGGGGGAAUGGCUUUUCUGGUCCUCUGCUCCAGUUUUCAGGGACAAACUUAGAAGUCCAGGAAAUGAGAAAUCAAGGACACUCCCCACCCCUCACUGCAAUUCAGCUAUCCAGCAGCUCUCACCCUAGGGCCCUCAAGACAACUGCUGAAUCCUGUCAAUCCCAGUGGAGGCCAGGAGAGCCUCAGGAUGCCCAGCUCCCUCUUAGCAACCCUGGCAUGGUCUGAGGCAUCUCUCUGUUGUAACUGCCCCUUCGGUCAGUUACCCACAGCCCCCAGGGCAGGUACAGCAGGAGAUGGGGCCUGAUGCCAUUUGAUAAGAAAGCAUCAGGUUCACCAAGGCCCUAUGACUUGCCCAAACAACUAGGCAAAGAAGUGGCAGAAGUCCAGUACAGCCUUUUAGUUAUUUCAAACCCCCAAGCUCCAAGUCCGUCUGUUUUACCAGGGCCUGUCUCCCCAUUUCAUUGGGGAUUUUAGUCUCACGCUUUCCUCUCUGAACCUCAGUUCCCUUGAAUACCAACACUCCCUCCCCACCAACCUUGUAAGGACUAGAGGACUCAGGAUUCAAGCAAACACAUUCUGGAGAUGAAAAGGCUGCUGUUCCCCCAAACCCCCACUGUGGAGGAAAGAGCAUCUUGCUGGUGAGUGGGUCCAGCUUGAGUCCUGGCCUUGGGAGGCCCUGGAUGAGUGCCAGCCCUCUCUGGGCCCUGGCUCCCCACCUUUGCAACUCCCCCUGCAGAGACAAGGAGGUCACCCUUUGCCCCUUUGUAGACUGCUCCUGGUGAGAAGGCCAAGUGCUCAGGUCCAAGGCUAAGGACCCGGCCUAUAUGGUUUAUGACCUUUUUGCUCUCUGAACAUCAAUUGGUCCACACCUCUGUUGAGCCACCUCCACAGACUGUGCAUUUUGGAAUAAAAGUUUAA